CAUAGGCAGGCGACACCGCGGCGGCAGAGCGCUGCACGACCUCCGCCUCCCCAAUCCGCCCCGUCUCCUUGCCCGCCGCCCCCCGACUCCCGUCUCCUCGCAUUCGCUCACCGGUGAGCAUCCUAAUCCAUCCCAUCCGGCCUCGGCCUCGAAUUUCGUCUCCUCGCCCGCCGCUUGCGCCGAUCCCCAUCCUGCGAGCAGAGGUGGCGCCCGGCGUCCUCCUGCUUCCACCGCAUCGUCUAUCGCCGGUGACCAUCCCUCCCUCCCUAUCCACACCUCAUCAGGUAUUCUGCGUUAUCCCUCAAAAAAGUUUGGGGGUUCAACCGAAAACCGACCCCUCAACCGAAACAGGAUGGCGGAGCUGACCACAGCCGCUGAUGUCACCGCCGCCCCGCCGCCUCCACCUGGGCCAACUCCACCACCGGAGCCCGUGGUCACGGCCACGGUCGUUGCCGAGCAGAAGGUCUCUCCUACUGCUCCUCCGCUCGAUGUGCCGGCACCCGCACCGCCGCCGCCGAAGAAGCGUAAGGUGGAGGAGGCGGGGUUCCAUAACUCCGCCUACUACAAGAUCCGGGCCACCGUCGCCGACCUCCGUGUUCGUUUCGUGCAGGUUUACGAAGCUACUGAUUUCCGAAACAGUGAUGCUGCUCGCGAGAUUCUGAAAGAGAUCAAGGUAGUCAUGGAGCUAGCCAAGAAAAUGAGGCAUGACCUCGGUGCCACUUUUGAACCUGCUAAGCCACCAGAGAAGCCUUUAGCUGGAGUUGUGAAGGAUGGGCCAGUGGAACCACCUCCAUCUGCAGAAAACAAUCACGCUCCUCAGACAGAGAAGAUGGGGGAAACACCAAGAAGUGAGAUUGCGCAAGGGUCUUGUGUGACAGGUGGAUCUCCUAUCGGCUGGAAUUUUCUUGUGUGGCCUGGGGGUGAGGUGGUUUACUACGGGCGGACAAAAGAAGUGUUUCGGGCGGGUCAAGCUGAAAAUUAAAAUGUGGUGUUCACCCUGUCUUCUGACUGGUAAAGUGGUAAUGUAUCAUUCAAUUGUGGUAGGACGAUUUAUAGAAUGUGGUGUUCGCAUUCAGUCUUUCUGACCGGCAAUGUGCCAAUGUAUGUACUAUUCAAUUGUGCGAGGAAUGGAGGAUGAAUCGUAGUAGAUCUUAGCAUUCUGUUGACUGAGGUAAUGUACUACUGUAUUCAAUUGUGGGAGGGUGAUUUUUGCUAAACAUCUGUUAGUACUAUGUACUAACUGAUUUCUGCAUGACA